AUGGCCACAGCUCCUCCGCAAAGACAACUAGCUCUGCCACCGACCUCAGAGUCUUCCCCACCAUCAAAUGGCGUCUCUUGGGAAGGUGAUAAGAUGUUCCACAUAUACAUCUACGACUACUGCAAGAAGCGUGGGUACCACAAGACUGCUCAAGAACUCGUCAACGAAGCAGAAAUCUCUCCGGAUCCUCAGCCGCCUAUAAAUGCGCCACAGGGCCUUCUGUUCGAGUGCGUCAUUUUUCUUCGCUAUUUUGGUUACUUUUUACGUUUUGCUUUGCGCCCCCCACUUGACUGCUCGAUACGAUCCGAUACGACGUUCUCACGCAUGCUUCCUUCGAUGUUAUAG